UCAAGCUUAGCAUCAUGCAGAAGAGCAGGUGUUAGCUUAGACUGGAUGUCGGCUAACGCGGUUUUAAGCUCUUCCAGAUCAGCUUCAAGAUUUUUCUUCGGUGCCAUGUUCAACUCUCCUCAUUGAGUUGAGGGGAGCUGGAGACACACGUCUGCUCGUGACCCGGAACCAGAAAUAAAUAAAGAAUAAAUUAGAAGAACAGUGGUAUUGUGAUUGACAAGUAAAAUUUUGUUUAAAUUCUAUCAAUCCAAUUUGUACCCAGAUUCUUCAGAUCUACAGUUGUUACUUUUCAGAUGUCUUUUUAUUGACUUACCUUUUAGAACCUUGAGCUUUAGUAAAUGCAAUGCAUUUUUAUUAAUGUACACUGUAUAUUUCUUUUUAUUUGGUUCCCUGAUUCAUGUAAAUUGUGUAACAUGAAAGACGCCAAAACAGUUCUAUGCAAAACGGGAGUGUGCUUCAAAGUAACAGAGGAGAUUUUAUCAUUUAGUUCCUGGAAAGUAUUAAAAUAAUUAUGUAAGUUUCUCUAAAAGAUGCCAUUUGGAAACUUUGAUCAAACUUUAUGUAUUCAAUUGAAAUUAAACAGUUAAAUAGAUUAGGGUUAACAUUACAUCAUUUUAUUACAAAUUAAAGGUUUGUGGUCAUUUGCAUAAUUCGGUAGAAAAGGUUGCUACAUUGUGUGCAAGUCAGUCAUCAAUCAUCUGUUGUCUUUUUAAGAAUACAUUUUCCUGCUAACCAUGAAUAUUUAUAGGUUAAAAUUAAAGACAUGUUUACCAGAAACCACACAUCAUCCUACUGUCUUUUUGCUGCCGAUGAGGACACACCAAGAUCUGUUGUAAAGCAAAGACAAAAAGGUUUCAACUUGGAUUAUGGAUUACAUUGACGAUGAGACCUCUUUUAAAAACUGGAGCUGCUCCUACUACUAUGAUUACUACCAAGACAGUAAUGAUUAUUAUUGUGGCUGCUACAAAGGCUUUGUUAGACUAGCAGCAUUACUGUCUGCUGCCAGCAUCGGAUUACCUUCAGCCUUUAUGACCAUCUUUGCCCUAAAUUCAUUGGCAAAAACAGAUGAGAUUGCUCCUGUGUACAUCAUCAACCUUUUAUUUUCUGACGUUAUUCAGUUUUGCUUCAUGAUUAUUAAAGAGGCAAAAGAUGAUUUUGAUUUUUGUUCUCCAAUACCUUACAUUCAAUACUAUGGUGUGAUGGUCAGCAUCUGCUUCAUGGUGGUUAUCUCCUUGGAAAGGUAUUUGUUAAUCAAUCAGCCGCUGUGGUACACAUUCAUAGGAAAUGUCAGAACAUCCAGAAUUGUCUGUGUCGGGAUCUGGUUCCUUCCUCUUCUGGACCUCCCGAUCUAUUUUCAUGCUGGUGACCAUGGUAACUUCAUUAGAGCUUUAAUGAUGCUCAUUCCUGUCCCUCUGUUCAUCUUUUUCCUGUUUGAGACUCUGAAGACAUUAAUCAGACCCGGCAGCAUUCCCACAGACGAAAAGCAGAGAAUUGUGGCAUAUCUGAGCCUAGUUUUGAUCAUCUAUGUCAUAAUAUUCUUUCCAUACAUUGUUUUCUGUUUAUCCCAAUCAUCUAAUCAACGAUUUGAAGAUGCAGUUUUCAUUCUUUUGUAUUUAAAUCCCUGGACAGACUUUCUCCUGUGUGUUUCUAAUAGGAAAAAAAUGUGUGACAAACUUUUGGCUUUUCUGUGUUGCAAACGGGGCCAUCAAGAUUCCAACAACCCAACUCUAGAAAAUGACACACAGUCAAGCAAUCAGAUUCAGACUGUGUGAAGUUGUGUACACACCAGGCAUGUGAUGUGCAAUCAUGAACAUGCUAAACAGGGAAUCUUGAACACGUUUUUAAGAUGUUUUGCUUACGCUGGACUGUUGCUACCGGAUACUAGCACAUGUUCAUAGUUGGAGGACACCUUUUGCAAAAUGUCAAAGCAGUGCAAAUCUUGCUCCAGGCUUUUACCUUCACAGGUUUACAGCGGUAAAUGAAAGAUGUGGUGUCAUAUAAUUCUGGCUGGACAAAAAACACAAUUGUUAUUUCUUCUCUACGAUUAAUUUUCAAACGGUUGGCACUUCAGAGUUUUGAGAAGAACGUUGCCUAUAAUUGUCUUUAAAAAAUCAUAGUGACUAAUCUUCAUUUCUAUAGUUGUUAGUUUUAUUUCUUCAUGAAAGGAACUUAACAGGAUCUUUUUUUUUUUAGCUUUAACUGUUAUAUUUUUCCUUAACUACAGUUUAUUGUGUGUAUUCAAUGCUUACUCUAAAAUGUACUGUAUUUACUGUAAAUCAGAUUAACUGGACUCUUGUAUCUCCCUGUAUCCAUUUUAAUGCCAUAUGAUGUUUAUUGUUAAAAGAAUGUAUUGUUUUCUUUUAAUGUCUUUGUGUACACAGUUUGAAUAAUUAUUUAAUUGAAAUGACAAUUUGAAAACUA